AAGUGCUCUUCGCAGCAGCGUACCGGUUUCGAGACAAUUGUUCAGAUUUCCAGAAAACAAGAGGUGAUAGAACAGGUAAGCUGACAUCACUUCUUUAUAUUUCUGGUGUGACCCUAGAAAGUGUUACCUUGACGAUAAUUUUUGUUGUUUGAUGGCGAAGUUGGCUCCUUACUAAGUCGCAGUUCUGACUUGUCCUUUGGACAUAACACAACGGCUUAGGCCCUUUAGGAAUGUAAAUGUUUGAUCCUACUGAUAGGUAUGAUGAUAUGUAGUAGCAUAAUCAUCAUCAUGAUCAUUGUUUAAGAGUGGUCAGACAAUAAUAUUACAAUCAAGUAUUCCCAAUUUUCUCUGCAAUGUUCCAAAAUGAGAGCUUUGGAUGUUUUCAGCACAGUUCACCUUGUGUCUACUUCUUCUAUCGCUUGCAGUUGUUUAUUGUAAGGUUUUCAAAGAGAGCACUCUGUGUAAUUCUCUCAUACCUGCACAAUAGUGACUUAUCUUUGUAAAUAAGAAGUAUAUUUUUGUGCAUCGUAUCUCCCUGGACUUUAUGUAUGAUUGCAGGACAGUACAAAUAUUGCAUUCGCAAGUUUCUUGUAUGAGCAUCCUCUGGGAGCUAUAUGCCGACAGGUUGUCUGGUAUCUAUUCUACAUAAAUACGUAAACCUCAGAAUCGUACACUAGACAUGGAAGUAAGCUUUCCAAAGAAGUACAUGUAAUCAGAUUUUCAAAUAUUAAACAAUUAGCUGUAACAAGUAAUGGAGUUCAUUUAUCAUCAUCUUUUUAUUCCAGACCGGUGCGUUUGUCUAUAAAACAUGACAAAACUGACAAAGUGUUUUCAGAUAUAGGUUGCCGCACCUCGCCUCGAAAAAAAGGAUGGCGGAAGCUGGAGCCUCUUCUGGCAACUAUGUACCAACCGGUAUCGAAGACGAUGACCCUGAUCUAAAUCAGACACGAGGUCAAGGUGAAAUCCGGGUUCUUAUCAUUGGUGCUUCCGGCAGUGGGAAAAGUACAGUAGGUAAUAUUCUCCUCGGCAAGGACCACUUUCAGGUGUCAAGUGCUGUCACACUCGAUAGUCAAACAAAAGAAGCGAGGAUUGGAGAGAGCACGAGAUAUGGCAGGCAUCUAAAGGUACUAGAUACAUUGGCAGUCAUGAGUUCAAAGACGAUGCCACGGCGAGGAAAGAAAUCAGAAAAUGGGUGAAGAUGUGUCCUGAUCCUCACCUCAUCCUUCUGACCAUCCGCUGUGUACCACUCGAUCUUGGAGCUGACGUGUUGAGGUUCAGAAGGUUCAAACAUCUCUGCGAGGCAGAAUUUACUCGCAGACGUCUGGCAAUGCUCUUCACAUGUGAAGACAAGCUGAAAGAGAGUGUAGAAGAUUUCAAAAAGCGAACACACUCAGGUUUGGAAGAGAUUUGGAGAGAAGCCGAUACACGACAUUUGUUUAUUGGCGCCAGGGAACAAGAAACACUCCUUCACCAGGUCUUCCAGAUUUGUGAUGAUCUGAAAAACUCAAAAGGGGAUUGUAUGGAGUGCGAAGAGGAGUCUGGAUCCUGUGACGGAUUCUUGGACUGCCGCACUUUGAAGCUAACAAGCAAGAAGAGACUUUCAUGCAAAACGGCCAUACGAAGAAUGUACUUAAACGCGAACUGAAAGUGUUAAUAAUUGGCAAGACUGGAAAUGGAAAAAGCAGUGUAGGUAACUCCAUCUUGAACACAGACGCCUUUCCCGUUACACGAGGUUUGGUAUCAUCUGCACAAACGGACCUGGAAAGGACAGCUCAGAAAUUUGGAGUGACCAUCAAAGUAACUGAUACACCUGACGUUAGCAAUCUGCGUCUAGACAAAGAGGAAGCUAAUGAAAGAAUCAUCAAGUGGAAGUCACAUGACCCUGAUGUCAUACUGCUGGCCAUUCGGUGUGACCUUCGCUACACCGCGGAGGAAUACCAGAUCUACGAGCAGAUAAAGAAAGUAUUAGGAGAAGAAUACGUCAAGCCGAGGCUAACAGUGGCCUUCACCUUUGGUGAUCGACAAGAUACGGACAUAGAAGAGGAACUAAAAAUAGUCUGCAAAGAGCUGAAGGCGGUUCUGGAAGAUGCUGAAGGACGCUACAUCGUGUUCAGCAGUCAGGAUAAAGAUGAGGACAAAAAGCGGCAGGUUAUUCAUCUCAUGAACCUUGUGCCCAACUUCCAGUUUCCUAGUGACUUGAAGAGAAUCCUUCUCCUUGGAUCCACAGCAAGCGGGAAAAUCUCAGGAGGCAAUGCACUUGUACGAAGAAAAGUCUUCAAGGCAGGCACAACAAUGCCAAAGAAAACCAGCUACAUAACUGAAGUCGAUGGAAUGUGGUUACAGAUCAUCAAUACACCGGAGUUAUCCCGUCUCAACACCCGUGACUUUAAAAAGCAGAUGAGCUCGCUGCUGGAGGCCUCGGAGCCUGGUCCACAUGUCAUUCUGGUGUUUGUCAGGGAAUCACAGGUGGCGUCUGAAGAUUUCUCCUUUUUUGAGGGACUUGAAGCGUACUUCGGAGAGCGCCUUGAGCAACACUUGAUAGUUGUUACUGUUACUGUUACAGACGAGAAGAGCAGCGCAGGAGAUGACAGUCUGAGUAAACUUGACAAAAUAAAAUGCAGGGAAAAACUCUGCUUCGUAGACACCCAGACAUCAAAUGACAAGACCGAAAUAUUGACGACUAACAUUAAAAAUCUUCUUCAGGCUACACGUGGAAACUUCUUACCAUUAAAGCGCAUUCCUUGUGACCAUCAUGACACGGAUACUCCUACUUCUCAUAAAAAAGUCAAAUACUGAUUUUCUGAAUUUGUUAAGUAUUUGACGUUUAAUUUUAAAAAAUGAACAGAAAGAAGCUAAUUUUUUCCUGAACAAGUGAACUAAAAUUGCUGCAUGAAAAAUGAUGUAUUGACAUAAAGCUGUUCAGAUAUGUAUAUUUCUCUCAAGUGUCAAAACAAUUUUUAUAUUCCAUAGCACAUUGAAUAUUUCUGUAAAGGUUACUUAUAUACAUACAUUCUGUCCAGAAAAUUUAUACAAAAAAGGACUACAUCUGUAUUGUACCUAGCUUCUAGAUUCUAGAUGACUGACCUAAAGAUCAAAUAUGCAAAUAUACUAUUUGAAAGUGCACAAGUUCUGCUCUUCUUUUCAAAGGAGAUAAUCUAAGGGAAUUUAAGAAGACACACAAAAAAAAAACAAUUUAACCAAUAAACAUCAGAUAAAAUGUUUCGUCUUAUAAUGCUCACCGUUUAUAUUUCAUAAUGCUAUAACAAUAGUUAAUAUUAUAAUAUAAAGCAAAACUAAAGAUUCAUUAUGUUGAUCAUUUAACACUGUUUUGGCUAAAGAUUUUUGUGUGACAAAGACGAAUGACUGCAAUACUCUUCAUUAUUAAAAUGUAAAAAUACCAAUUAAAAAAGUCUACAUUUACAACAGUAAAGAAACGAUUUUGAGAUGAU